AUGUCUUCCGCAUCGAAUGAUUCGAAUCAGCUACCACGCAUCUCCCUUGAUGAGUGUCCCACUUCUCGUGAAGACUUUGAGCUAUUCCGGCGCUUGCUGCGAGUAGUACGGCUCCUAAAUGCGCGCGACAUUGACGAUCUUGGUGCGACACCACCUAGCAUUAGGCAUGCUGCUGGAAUGGAUAAUGACUACAACAACGAUAAUGACGACGAAUACGAUGAUGAUGAUGAAGACGAAGACGAGGAAGCGGACGAAGACAGCACAAACGCUGGAUUGAUAUUCAGCCAGCCUGUUGGACCAGGCAACAAAGGCCCUCAAAUCCCACAACGCCAACAACCAAACACCCAACAAAACAACACUGGGGAAGGAGCCCAGCGUCAGCGCCACCGGCAACAACAGCAGCAAGGACAACGAGCUCAUGCCGCCGUGGAGAAGCGCUAUCGAUCCGUCAUAAACAGCAAGAUCCAGCAGCUCAGCGCCUCGAUUCCAGCAUCAAAUACCUUUAGCCUAAUCGACCCAAACAUGCCACCCGAAGAUCAAGGAGCAGGGACGACACAAAAGGUACCAACUAAAUCGGUCGUCCUGGACAGGGCGAUACAAUAUAUCAAUCAUCUCGUAUCCACGUAUCAACAAUACGAGACGGAGCGCAAUGAGCUGAGGCGUAAAUUACAGCUUUGGCUUGACGAUACUUCGUCGUCGGAGAUGCCAGAGACUAUCAAUAUAUAA